UUUGCUUCUCAGUUUUGACACACAAACAGUAUGACACCUCUGUUACAAAUUACCAUGUCUUCUCUGAUCAUCACUAGCUGGUGGUGGCUACAGGCUACUUGUACUGCUCGCCAAUUAGUCUUCGAUGUCAGAGACUUCGGCGCUGUCGCCGACGGACAGACAGAUAAUUCCAAGGCGUUUGAGAGGGCGUGGGCGAAGGCGUGCGCGGCGCCGGGGAGGGCGGCGGUCGUCGUGCCCGCCGCCGGCGGCGGCGGCGGUGGCGGCGGUGGCUACCUGCUCCACCCGGUGGUGUUCCGGGGACCCUGCAAGGGGUUCGUCGAGGUGCGGGUCGCCGGCGUCGUCCGCGCGCCGGCCGGCCUCGACGCGUUCCGGGGGUAUCACGAGUGGAUCAACUUCGCCGGCAUCGACGGCCUGCUCGUCACCGGCGGCGGCACGUUCGACGGCCGCGGCGCGUCGUCGUGGCACCUCAAUGACUGUCCCUGGAAACCGGACUGCGUGCCUCCUCCCUCAUCCAUCAAGCUGGGGAGCGUGAGGAACGCGACCAUCACGGGUGUGACGUCACUGGACAGCAAGUUCUUCCACGUCACCAUCGUCGGGAGCCACGACGUGGAGGUGAGCCACGUCAGCAUCCGGGCCCCGCGCGACAGCCCCAACACGGACGGCGUCCACAUCCAGGGCUCCACGGGCGUCCGGAUCACCGACACGGCGGUCGCCACCGGCGACGACUGCGUCUCCGUCGGCCCCGGCAGCGCCGACGUGACGGUGUCCGGCGUGUCGUGCGGCCCCGGGCACGGCAUCAGCGUGGGGAGCCUCGGCCGGAGCCCCGGCGAGGCCGACGUGCGGCGGCUGCGCGUGUCCAACUGCACCAUCGCCGGCACGGCCAACGGCGUGCGGAUCAAGACGUGGCGCGGCGGCCAGCGGAGCUCCGCCGCCGCCGCGGCCGCCGCCGCCGUUUCCGGCCUCGUCUUCGAGGACAUCGUCAUGAGGAGAGUCCGCAACCCCAUCAUCAUCGACCAGGAGUACUGCCCCUAUCUCUCCUGCCACCAUCAAUCGGAGCGGCGGCCGUCGGUGGUGAGGAUCAGCGACGUGAAGUUCAGGAACAUCAGGGGGGUGUCGGCGACGCAGGUGGCGGUGAAGCUGUCGUGCAGCGCGGCGAGCCCGUGCCGAGGGGUGGAGCUCAGGGACAUCGACCUCAGAUACGUCAGGCGAGGGGUGGCCACCGUGUCGCGGUGCGCCAACGUCGCCGGAGGCGUCGCCGGCGGGACGCUUGUGCCGCCCCCUUGCAUAUGAAAAUCUGUUUUCUGUUUUUUUUUCUUUUUUCACUUUCUUGUUUUCUUUCUAUAUAGCGUACAGUCACAGAGAGUUGGCGUGGACGAAAUUUUGGUUCUUGUAAACGACCGAUGACGAGAUUGAUCCUUAAUUAUGGGGACAUCUUGUUCUCCCCUGUAAUGGAACAUAUGAAGUACUCCAUCCAU